AUGGAUAUGUAUAAUAUAUCCAUGAUUUUUACAAUAUUCUAUAAAUUCGCGAAGACAAUUUUAUUUCAAAAAAUACCAUAUAUAACAAAACUUUCUCCCGUUUUGUGCACAUUCUCAAAAAUUCGAUUGAACGCGUUAACCAUACAUUUCUAUAUUUGCGUCACCGGUAACCUUGGUAUACCUCUUCUUCAACUGCACUACUUAAUAGAUGCACCGUGCAGCAAUGAUUUGACGACUGAAACCCCGGAACUCGUGGCCACGAGAUAUGAAUCCUUACUCAGACUGUUAGAGAAUAAAAUCAGACCGCGCCGAAUAAUCAUAUUAAGCCUGGUUUAUAGAAAAGACGUUCAGAAAUGGAAAGUUGAUAAACUAAAUGUCUCAUUGAAACAAUUCCAGUCUAACAUUGUUCAUUUCUGGAAGCUUGACAGAGUGGGAGGAGAUAAUAAUAUAGGACCUGACGGCAUCCACUUGAAUGAACGUGGAAUGAUGAACUUUAAGAGAAACAUCUUUUAUUCUCUAAAGUGCACGAAAUAA